UGGUGUUCGUGUGGGAUACCGCUCGAUAAUCGGGUUUGAUCGUUUUGACUAUAGCGUAGUGGCGUAGUGUUGGUACAUCACUGUCACAUCCCUAUCUUCUGUUUUUGAUCGUGGACGCCUCUGUAUGAGGUUGAGCGCAGCAUGGGGAAAAGACGGCCGUAUAAGCAGUACCUGUGGGACCCUUCUUCCGAAGUGCCGACCCGCACGAAGCAUCGACUUCGAAAAGAAGCAGAAAAAAGAAAACGGGAAGCGCUUGUGCUCACAUCCAGUGACAGCGAACUCUCCGACUCGGAGCUGAGUCCUGGCAUUCCACAAGUGGACAGUCCCGGGAGCGCAUCGAUGACCGUUCUGGACGAAGAAAAUGCAAGUGUAGCCUCAACGUCUGGUCAAAGAAGCGUAGCAAAUGAACGUUUCACGGAAGAUCCGGUGUCGGAGUCGCCCUCGUCCGAAGGCGAAGACGACCCCCCGAGUUCAGAAGAGGCAGGGGCCAAAAGGGAAACGGAUGAACCACUGUAUCAAGGGGCCAAGCUGACGAGAGCGGAAAGCCUGAUAAUGGUGAUGAGCCACAGCCUGCGGUACGACUCUUCGAAGGAAUCAACCGAGAGCCUUCUGAAGCUUGUGGACUCCCAUCUUCCGGAGGGAACAGUUUUUCCCAGGUCGAAGUUUUUAUUUUUUAAGCAUUUUGCUGGGGACGAAGCCACAUUUGGCCUUUGCUUCUGCAAGUGA